AUGAGCUCUGGUUCACUCAAGUCGGGGCCCACCGCAAAGCCUGCCAUCGGUCCCCAGACUACCCCGACCAAUACGAACCCCCUACUUGAGAAGGUGAAUGCGCGCACCUCGACGCCCGACUCCGAGGCCCUCGCCAGCUCUGACGAUGAGGGCGAUCAUCGUCUAGAUGCCUCGGUGCCACCUGCCCAGCACCAGAAUCCCGUCCGCCGCUCCUCGUGGCUCAAUGACACAUCCACCUCAUCCUUCGCCCGCCCCCGGAAAUCCUCCAUCGCCAGCGGCUCCAUGUCGCCCACAGCCUCGAAUCCCAGCACGCCCUCGGCCGAAACUGGCGUCACCUCCGCAGCAGCAAGCACCUGGGGCUCCCACGCCGCCUCGUCGAGCAUCAGUAGGGCUCCCCCGGUCGCGCCUACAUUUCCCUGGGGGACGGGCAUAUGGAACACGGACCGUAAGGAUCCUCCCCAGCGACUGAGUGAAGUUCUUCCCUCCCCGACAUCCACCGUACCCUCGUCCAACUCUUUCUUCGGUCCGGAUCUCGGCGCCGUUCAGACCUCACCCACCCUUCGUGACGGCGCCUCGAACUCGCAGAUCCCCUUUGCCAUCCCGCUUCACCCGACGCCCAAGACAUACCGCUCCCAAUCCUACUCUGUGGGCCAGACGGACCCCGAGGCCAACCUCGUCAUCGGAUCUGCACCGGGUCCUUCGUCCUCCUCUACUAGCGUCGCCACCAUGCACGGAGGAGGACGUGCACGGCACCCGGGCCUGCAGCACCGCCCUUCGCGGCCUAGCAUGCUGAGCGAAAUGGCCAACGACGGAUCCAUGCUCGGCAAGGUCAAGGAGGUCGAGGAUGACGAGGAUGACGACGAGAGCGCCUCGGAGUCCGUGCAGGGCUCCUUCCACCGCAGCUCCGAGUCCAAGAUGAUUGAGAUGCUUGCCCGCGAGAAUGCCAUCCUUCGCCAGCAGCAGUACGCCCGCAUGCGACCGCGCGCGUCCACAGGCGGGGGGCCUUACUUUACUUCUAACGGCGGGGGUCAUUCCCUCCAGGAAUCCGUCCCGGAGGAGUUAGACUAUGCCGUCGACGAGCUGGACGAGCUGAAUGACGCAGGCGGCGUCGAUCUGUAUGGCGGCGCGCGAGUCGGGGGCCAAGGAGUUGCUGGCCGCCGCAUGAGCGAGUUUGGUGGGCCGCAGUUUCGCUCCCCCUUUGGCGGCAGCAGCAACAGCAAGGCAGAUAGCAACAGCAACCUCAAGAAGGCUCUGUGGUCGACGCCGGGUGUCCCCAUCAACGACGCCUCGCAGAGCCGACGCCAUUCGUUUGCCAACAUGCCCACCCGCCAGGGAUCUAUCAGCUCCAUCGCCGACUCGGGGCCCGGCCCCCUGGAUUCCACGACACCCGACGGCCAGCACCAGAUGAUGCCGCCCGGCUACCCCGACCCCUCGACCUUUGGCACCAGCGCCUCCAGCAACGCGUCGUACAUAGGAGCAGGAGGACCACCGGGUGGUGUAUUCGGAGGGGGGAACCCCUUCCAGCAAGCCCCGCCACCACCCUUUGGCGUAGGCGUGGGCGGCCAGUUUCACCACCGCCCUGCUUCGCCUCACCGCAGCCUGUACACCAUGGGCCAACCCCGACACAACCAGCUCCUCCACAUCGUCCUGUUCAAAUGCGCCCGCGCCGACGUGUUCUACAUACAAGAGGGCACUGGGCUGACGGUGAAGCCGGGCGAUCUUGUCAUCGUCGAGGCCGACCGCGGCACCGAUCUGGGUACUGUGGCCAAGGGCAAUGUAGAUUGGCAAACGGCUAAGGAGCUCAAGGAGCACUACGCCGAGGAGCACUACAAGUGGCUCAUGAUGUACUCGCAGGGUGCGGCUGCCGCGCAGGACGGUACCACAUCGGGAUCGGGCCUCUUGGCGUCAUCGUCGUCGCUGCUGUCAAACAGCAGCAAUGGCGGAGGCGUUGGUGCUGGUGGUCUCGGCCUGCAGGGCAGCGCGAUAGGAGGCAUGGGACCGCCCCCGCAGCAGCAGCAGCAACAUCAACAUCAUGGCCACCUCCAAGAGCCCAACGGUGCUGCCGCCGGCGAGCUCAGGCCGAAACUCAUCAAGAGGCUGGCGCAGAAUCACGAGGUGCAUUCACUCAGGGACAAGGAGGGACAGGAGGCCAAGGCCAAGAGGGUCUGCAUGCAAAAGGUCAAGGAGCAUGGGCUCAACAUGGAGAUACUUGAUGCUGAAUUUCAGAUGGACUGGAAAAAACUUACGUUUUACUACUUCGCCGACGCCUACAUCAACUUCAAUCCCCUCGUCACCGAUCUUUUCAAGAUCUACAAGACACGUAUCUGGAUGUCGGCUAUCAACCCUGCCUCUUUCGCCAGUCCCACGCUCGGUAUCCAGGCCCCUAGUGGAGUUGGUCCCGGUGCUGUAGGGGUUGGACGGUCAACCAAUGAUGGUCGUCAGACCCAGACUCAACAGCAGCAGCAGCAGCAGAAGCAGCACCAGGAGCAGCAGCAAGCACAGCAGCAUCAGCAGCAGGCCUUUGGUGGUGGAGGUGGCCGAGCUUUCCGUCCCAGUCCCACGCAGCAUUUCGUCCCCGAUAGAUCAGGCGGUGGCUACGGUGGUGGCGUCGGCGUCGGCAUCCCCGCCGCAGCAGCAACGGGAGUGCCGAACUACGCCUACGCCCAGGGCGGGGGAGCCUUUGGCGAUGCCCGUCUACAUUAUGGCGCGGUAUCACCUAGUCUUGACGGCAGUGGCGGCUUCCCCGGCGCCAUCGGUAUGGGUAUGGGUAUGGGUAUCCAGCAGCAACAACACCAGCAACAGCAACAACAGCAGUUUGGUGGGUUCCAGCAAGCUACCAGUAUGCGUCAUCACCGGUUCCCGACGCCUCAGCAGAGUCCUCAUGGGCAGGGGAUGCCGGGAAUGGUGACGCCGCAGGGUGAUUGGAAUGCCGCUGCAUUUCAAGGAUUGUCACUGAAUUCUGGGUGA